GUUGUUAUAAACAAUAUGGAGGACAAGAGCAAAAGUUUUGAAGUUUUUGACAAUAUUUGACAUGAAGUUUCCAAUGAAAAUGACGCAAAACUUGAUGGAAUAGAAGUGUUUUUACGUAGAUUUGUUUGCUAUUCGAGAUGCCUCCUAAGAAAGGGAAGAAGAAGGGAGGAAAGAAGGGGAAGAAGGGUGGAAAGAAGAAAGUGUUGAAGGGAAUGACAGAAAUUCCUGAACUACUUGUCAAGAGAUUGCUGAAACACUAUGAGAAUCAGUGCAAGGCCACACAAUGUGCCAUCAGCCCUUACAUGAAGAAACUGAUGAAGGACUGCAUGGAGAAAAAUCAGCUUCUUGUCAAAAUAAUCUUAGAACCUCUGCCUGUAGAAAGCAAAGAUGAUCCUCAAGUCACUUUAGAGCCGUUGAUCUCCUCCCUCCGAGGUGAACGCUAUACAUACAUCAAGGAUAUCCAUAUUUGGGAUAUGUUGAUGAAGUAUGAAAAUAUUGCCACACUGGCGUUAUUCCUUGAGAAGGGAUUCUACCAGAUUCGGAGCGUGGAGAUGAUCGACUGUCUGAUUGAGCCUCAUUCUGUGGAGAGAUUGUCCAGGUCGUUUCCAUACUGUAAAACACUGACACACAUUAUCCUAGACUACAAUGACUUUGGAGAUGAAGGUUGCAGAGGGCUCUGUAAAGGACUUGAUGGCAACAAGACCAUGUUAUCAGUCAGUAUGUGCUACUGUGACCUCAGUCGUGAUAGCGGGAACGUGCUCGGCAACAUGAUAGCAACGACGGCUGUGAGGGAAUUAUAUUUGGAUGGCAAUGAGUUGGGCUGUGAGGGGGCGAUAGAUAUUAUCAAGCUUUGUGUUGAUCAGGCCGAGUUGGAGACACAUCAGAAGGAGGAAGAGGAGAAGAGGAAGGCUGAGGAAGAGGACGCAGCAAAGACUAACCCAGCAGCGGGAACGAUGAUCAGUCGAACCAGCAGUGCCUCCGCGAAGAGUGAGGAGAGCAAACCGGCCUCGGCCAAAAAGGGAAAGGAAGGGGGAAAGGGCAAGAAGAAGAAGAAGGGCAAAAAAGGCAAAAAGAAGAAGGAGGCUCCACCCCCGGCUGUUGGCCCGUGGAUUCAUAAACUACACUUGGCUGAUAACGCCAUUGAUGGAUUCUGUUCUGAUACGUUUGCACCUGUCAUAUGCAUGAGGUUGUUUAAACAACUGCUGAUUCAUUCCACGUGCCUUGAAGAGAUAGAUUUAGAUAAGAACCUCAUCGGUGAUUUAGGAGGACGUGAGAUAAUGACAGGGCUGGAGAUGAGAAAAGAAGCUAAACUGAAAUCUGUUGGUGUUCGAACCUCUCACCGUUUGAGUGCUGACGUCUACAACACGAUUCACAAAUUAGGAGCGGCCGUCAAAAAGAAAAAGAAGGGAAAAGGCAAAAAGGGGAAAAAAAAAAAGAAGUGAGAGACCAAUGGAGAUUGCCAAAUAUUGCCAAACUGCCAGAAUGUUUCCCUGCAUCAGAGAUGUGUCCUUGUCUUGUUUGUGAAGUUGGUGAUCAUGGAUUGGGUGACAUUCACUUCAGAUUUGAACAUUCAGGAUUUAUUGUGUGAAGUAUUGAAAAGACAAAUAGAACUGACAAGGAUUGCAGCAGCAAGAAAUGGUUUUUGAUCUCCAUCUGUCAUCAAUAUCAUGUCGAGAUGUUUCAAACUUCUUCUCCUUCAUAUUAUGCCACCAUAUCCUGUAGCCUUCUCUAUCCUGCUGUUCAUAACUAAACUCCGUCCUUAUUGUAUGUAUGUGCCUUCGGAUCUUCAGGUGCAAAAAAAUGUAUUCUUAGAACUUAUUUUGUACAAAGUAAGACUAGAAUCCAAAUAAUGUAUCAUUAUUUCAUUGUUAACUUUGUUAUCUUGUCCAAACUACGUAUAUGAUUGUGAUAUAUUUUCCUGUGAAUAAAAUUCUAUUAUUGCAA